AUGAAGCGUGGAGCGUUGCUGUCAGUGGUUGCGUGCGCCUUCGCGGUGGCGAUUUUGGCGGUCCACGGUGACGACAGUCUGGUCCCGCCGCGCCGGGAAGUGUACGGCAAUGGCCGAAUAUUCGACAUCAGUCAUCGUUACCACCCCGACAUGCCGGAAUAUGGUUCGGACAAAGGCAUAGGGCAGUUCCUGUGGCUUCCGAAGAGCAUGAAGAACGGUUCCAUUGCUAACAACUCCGAAAUGAAGCUCCCAACCCACACCGGCACGCACGUCGACUCUCCCGGCCACUUCUACGAUCACUACCUCGACGCCGGCUUCGACAUCGACACACUCGACUUGGACGUCCUCAAUGGACCUGCUCUGUUAGUCGAUGUUCCAAGAGAUAGCAAUAUAACUGCUCAAUCUAUGGAGUCCUUAAAUAUUCCAAGGGGAAUAGUACGUGUUCUCUUCCGAUCGUUAAAUACAGACAAGCGGCUUAUGUUUAAGAAGGAAUGUGACUUAAGCUAUGUAGGAUUCACAGAGGAUGGAGCAAGAUGGCUUGUGGAGAACACUGAUAUUAAACUUGUAGGAGUUGAUUAUCUAUCUGCUGGUUCUUAUGAUCACUUGAUUUCAUCCCACCUUGUUUUUCUGAAGAGCAGGGAAAUCAUUCUUGUUGAGGCCUUGAAGCUUGAUGACGUCCCUGCAGGAUUUUAUUCAGUCCAUUGCUUACCUCUUAGGUUGUCUGGUGCCGAGGGAUCACCAAUUCGGUGCAUUCUGAUUAAAAAUUAA